AAACUCUUCCGUUAUUUAAAAUCACUCACUCGUUUCCAUGUUCUCCCCGAAAUCCCUCACCAGCCACCUCCACCGUCGCCGUCGCCGACUACCGCUCACUUUCCCGAUCUCCUUCAUUCGGCCAGGUACCCGACCCAUACCUUCACGAUUCUGAUCUGAUCCAUUCCUUUUUGGAGAGGAUCCAAUGUUCUCAAAGAUUUUCCUUUUUGGUUUAUAGAACAAAGUCAUUGGCUGGCUAUCGAAGAUUGUUUGAACGGGAGCUUGAUUGAGAUUGAGUAAAGGCAUUGAUUAAGUAAUGGGUCCAGAUUCAAACCCAGCUGCAGCAUCGUCCUCAUCAACGACGUCGUCUCCGGGAGCGAAGCGAAGCAGAGAUCCCGAAGAUGAGGUUUACGUCGACAAUUUACACUCUCACAAACGCUACCUUAGCGAGAUAAUGGCGUCUAGUUUGAAUGGUCUGACAGUUGGAGACCCACUCCCUGAAAAUCUCAUGGAAUCUCCUGCCAGGUCGGAAGGCAUGGUUUAUUUAAGGGAUGAAUUCUCUUUGCAAUACUCACCGAUGUCAGAAGAUUCAGAUGAUUCUCGCUAUUGUGAUGCUCCAAUAAGCACGACCUCCUCCCAACUAGAGAGUGCCCCCUCCAGUCCUGUCUCACCAUAUAGGUAUCAAAAACCACUUAGUGGUUUUUAUUCUGCUCCUUCAACCAGUUCACAUUCACAACAUUCAUAUGGUUGCGCUCUUGCUACCAUAACAUGCUCACAACCUCGACAACGAAGCUCAGAUUCUGAAGGGCGGUUCCCAUCAUCUCCUAGUGAUAUUUGCCACUCAGCUGAUUUGAGGAGGGCUGCACUCCUACGAUCUGUACAAAUGAGAUCACAACCUCCUGGUCCAUCCCCCUUUGAAUUGUCAUUUAGUUCGGAGCCUGCACAUAAUAUAGAACAUGAAGAAGAGCGACCGUGCUCCUAUAUGAAGUCUUUAGUCGAUGAGAGGGAAUUUCAUAUUGAGUGUUCAUCAAUGGCUAUUUCUGAUCCUGAAUGCAGUCGUGAGAAGCCAUGCAGGGUGUUGAAUAUGGAUGUAAAGGAGGACCAUUCUGUGGAUUAGCUGAAAGCAUAGAGCUUUGUCGGUCUUCUUGAGAAAUAGGGUCAAGUUCAAGACUGACUGGCCGUUUGCUAUGGAACUUGACAAUUGUUGGUUUCAUGUGAUUAAAUUGUGGAAUGCCAUUUUUAUUUAAAGUUGCUUUGUAUAUAGUCUGCACAUAAAGGGGAGGGGGCAACAGCUGAAUUACUUUGCUGCUGACUAUUUCUAGCUAGAAAAGAGGGGCUUUUUUCUGCUGUUUGUCUUCGACAAGGAUGUCAUGGUUGGUUGGCUUGCUCGAUCUUUUUCUUCAAGCUGCCAGUAACCAAGGGUCUCGUUGGCUUGUUCGACCUUUUUUCUCAAGCUGACAGAAACUUGUUCGUAAUUUCUGCUGUAAAUGAAUGUUUCUACAUUAAAUGUCAUCUGUUGCUUUCUUUUCUCCUGAUAUAUGAUACUUUUGACAUUGAGUGUGAAGUUUGAUGUAGAGCAAUCAUUGUCGAAGGUCAAUUGUUGCUUGUUUGUUCUUUUUUUUUUCAAGCCGACAGUAACUUGUUCGUAAUUUCUGUUGUAAAUGAAUGCUGUAAAUUUAUGUACUACAUUAAAGGUCAAUUGUUGCUUUGUUUUCUCCUGAUU